UAGAAUAAAACAUGCUGCUAUAAACAAUUUUAAUUCGCAUAGGCGAAAAAAUGUAUAAUAUAAUAGUUGAAUCUACUUUUUGAAUCUACUUUUUCUUCUUAAUUUUUCUGUGCUCUGCCGCAUAUUAGAAAUACACUUCCAAUUUAUUAAACAGUGAAUAUGCAUAUUUUAUCACCAACGCAUAUGCAUAAAAGAGCAGUUUUGUGAUAGAUUAAAAAAUAAUACAAAACAUCGCUUUUCUCAAUAAUUACUUUAUUCUUGGUGCGUUGGCCACUUCAGAGAAAAACAUGUGUUCUAGCCAUUAAUAAUUUUUUUUACAUUCGAUUCAGUUACUUCUGUUUGAUUGUAAUACCGAGCUAGAGGUAAAUAUAAAUCAUACCCAUUUUGGUUGCUUUAUUUUCAUAUUUUCAUAACUAAGUCUCAGCCCAUAGUUUACUGUUACUUCGAGUGAAAAAAUAAAACCGUUGUGCUACUGUUGCCAAUUUUUGUUUCAAUUUUAUCAGAAAACAAAACGUUGUUAUAACAACACCUCCGCAAAACCAAUAAACCGUCUAUCGUCGCCUUUGUUUGUUGCUCAAGAUAAACUAUUGCCUAAAUCCGGAUCAAGGGUGUUUCUCCAUCUAUCAGUUCGACUCUGCAUAGAAGCAGUAGAAUAAGAGGCUUUUACUAUCAUUAGUCAAAUUGAAAAUCACCAUCGUACGAGCUUAGAACAUCGCUGCUUCUCAGCUAUUUGUUCACUUACAGGGCCCAUUUAACACCACAAGAUUAAAACCUCCAGUCGACCGAUCAAUACAACGUGAUCUAGUUUCUUCAUUUUAAGCGUUACAAUAAUACAAUCAAUACACUCAUUGGAAUUCAUUUGGAGUUCUGUAUUGUACCAUUCUCUGUCAGCGCAACUGCAGUAGUCUAGUAGUGGUAUAAUACCACAAGACACUUGCCAAAAAUAGUAAUACAUAGCUAAGAGGUUGUGAGUGUUGAAGUGCUGUCUAAACACCACUGCAGCUAGCCAAACCAUCAAACGUUGGCUAAGAGAACUGCAAAACGAACGAAACGAAGUUAGAAAUAUUGGCUCGGAACGGAUCGGGAUUUCAACAUAGUCUCGUUAUUGCUUUUAUUUCGUUAUCUUCAAUAAAGAACCGUGUGGAUCUUCAAGUCUGUAAAGAAGCAGACUGAUUCAAAAUGAUUCGGCAAUUGAACCCACACUCCAGCGUCGACAUUGCGCGACUGAGUGACGAAAACAAGCAAGACUAUCUCUUCAUAUUCGCAGUGUUGCCUCUAAUAUGUAUGGCCAGAUACUGCUGCGAGAAGAUCGGCCAAGUCAUCUUUCUCUCGUCUGAGGCUGCCAACAAGAUCCGCACCAAGCCCAAAGCAUUCAAACUGGCUGUGAAGAAAUUUGAGGAAGCCACCUGGAAAUGUGCGUAUUAUGGAUUCGUGGCCACAUAUGGAAUAGUGUUUCUAAGUUGGGAGCCCUUCUUGACAGACCUGUUCCAGUACCCGAAUCAAGUGACGCCCAAGAUUACAGUGUACUACAUCGUGCAGAUCUCGUUUUAUCUGUGGAUGACAGUGUGUCUGCUGUGGGGAGAUGUGCGAAUGAAGGACUUCUACCAGAUGACCACCCAUCACAUUGCCACACUGUGUCUGUUAUUCCUGUCUUACUCGUUCCAUCUAACCCAUGGGGGGUGUCUGUUGAUGCUGCUCAUGGACAUCGCAGACCCAUUCCUGGAACUGGGCAAGAUAUUCAAAUACUUGGAAAUGGAGACUGCCAGCCUGAUAUCUUUUGUAAUGUUCCUAACCUCCUUCAUAUUCCUCAGAAUAUUCCUGUACCCUGUCUAUGCCCUCUACCCUUGUAUAGUGCAUACUUGGGAUCUCGCGCUGUUCCUGGACAGGAGGGGAGUCUAUUAUGCCAUAGAUGGGUUCAUGGUGGUGCUGUUCUGUCUCAACGUGUACUGGGCAGUGCUCAUCAUCAAAGUCCUCGUGAACAAACUCAUCAGUGGCAAAAUGAAGGAUUGUCGCAGUGACGACGAAAUGGACUAACAGGGCUUAAUCAUGAAAACAUACCAUACAAUGUAAAAUAAUGCACAAAACACAAUCCACGAGACAAGGGUUAUUAACUGAAAAGAAAUCAUUUACGGCAGACGGAAUUCGAAUGGGAUUCAAGGUGAAGCACAACAAACAUUGACAACAACAACAGCCCAACUUCUCGGUUUAAUUUCGGGGUAUUAACAAAUGCAAUGCAAGAAAUGUGGAAAUGAAAUGAUGAAAAAAACUUGACCUUGUGGGUGCUGUAAAUAAACUAAUAUUACAAACACAUUGCGAGUCUUGAUUUCGAUUGAUGAGAUAUGUGUUCUAACAAUGAGCCAUGACGCGCUACCCAACGUAUACUAUUAUUAGUGAGCCAGAAUGUACCAAAAAACCAUUUAAUGACAGGGAACCUAAUUGUACUAUACCCAAAUUUGUUUUAUUAUUUUACAAUACCAAGCAAAAUUCAAUUUCAUUUCACA